UUUUCAUCGAUGACAAUCGGAGUGAACACACGUUUCACAACAUCGCUACUGCCAGCUCAGCAAUUUGUCGAUUCAGAGCCAACAAAGAAAGAACAAUUCGAUUAAACACAAGCAAAAUCAGCCUUUGCUGCGAUCAGUAAACGAGAAGCAGAGUUCUGGCCUUCCAACCGAUACGAAUGACCUGAGAAUGUCCGCGAACCAAAACCACAUUCAGUCGGCUGGUUCAAUCGAAAUCAAGCAAGAAGGUGACAUCAAGCAAGAGCCAGUGUCCAUGGAUGAAGUGGUUGAAGUUUCGGCUUCGAAUUAUCGCAAUCUACGACGUGUUCCUGGUUUCAAUGGGCGUGACGUUGAAUAUGAUUUGGAUCACUUGGACGAGAUCGAUGCUAAGGUCGAGGUGAAGAAAGAAUGUGACGGAAAGAAAGGAGAACCAACAACAAAUGCUGACUCGAAAGAAGAAGCUACGGGCAGCCAGCAAAAGCAGCAGCAGCCACUGCCACACGGUGAAGGCGAUUUCAUCGUCCCAGAAAGUGAUGCCAGUAGACGCGAUACACAGAAACGAGGUGGCAAAGCUCAUCUAAAUUUAUCGAAGAAACAUAAAUGCCACAUUUGCGUCUAUUCAACGCGAUGGAAAUGUGAUUUGAAUCGCCAUUUACUGAAACACACUGGCGAAAAGCCGCAUGGAUGCGAUUUCUGUCCGAAACGUUUUACAAGCAAACAAAAUCUCCAUGCCCACAUGAAAGUGCACGUCGAAGAGUUUCUGUUACAUUGCUCGGUUUGUUUGCAAGGAUUCGAUGGAAAAAACGGAAAGGAAGCUCACGAGAACAAUUACACGACUCGUCGCUACGAAUGUAAUUUGUGCAAGGAAUCGUUUGGAUCAAUAAAAACACAUAUGAUGGAGCACACGCAUGUGCACAGCGGUGACAAACCAUUCCAAUGCAACGAAUGCUCGAAGCAAUUUACACAAAAAAGUCAUCUUAAGGAACACAUGAAGGUUCAUGGUGGUCCACGUUCAUUCCGCUGUACCAGAUGUCAACUGGGAUUCGUUCGCCAAGAUGAAAGAAAUGCACAUGAGGGGAAGUGUAAUCGCCGUUUGUAUGAGUGCUAUGUUUGUGGAAAGUCAUUUGGUUUCAACAAAUGCAAUUUGAUCGACCAUAUGCGCACACACUCUGGUGAAACCCCGUUCGAAUGUCAACAUUGUCCGAAGAAAUUCAACCAGAAAAGCAAUCUAUACAAGCACUUGGCAUCUCAUACAAAGAAGCUACCAUUCAAAUGUUCAAUUUGCCGACAAGGUUUCGCGAAACAAUCUCAAUGCAAAGCUCAUGCAAAAAAUUGCCAUCGACGGUGCUAUGAAUGUCAUUUGUGCAAAAAAUUUAUCGGUUCAGUCAAAACAAAUAUGGAAAGACAUAUGCGAACUCAUUCCGGUGCUAAGCCGUUUCAGUGCCAGCUGUGCCACAACCAAUUCACCUCAAAAGGGAGCCUUCAGAGACACCUCAAUUUACAUCAAAAGAGAACCUUCAGGAACACAUAAGUCGUAUCCACAACAAGCAAAAUCGUUGAUCAAAUCAAUCUCAUCGAAUGGGUUGCCUGAAUGAA